AUGGAGCGUGGAGGCGGUUUCGGGGCGGGAUCCCGUGCUGAGGGGAAUGCGAGGGGCAACCCGCUCCCCGGGAAGAUGGCUGAGCCAGGCGCUGUGCGAACCUCGCCACCCAACCAACGGCCUACAGGUAUGGAUGGAUUUUUAAAAUCAGAUGAGAGACAAAGACUAGCCAAAGAGAGAAGAGAAGAAAGAGAAAAAUGUCUGGCUGCCCGGGAGCAGCAGAUACUGGAGAAACAGAAAAGAGCUAAGCUCCAGUAUGAAAAGCAAAUUGAGGAGCGAUGGCGGAAACUGGAAGAGCAGCGACAACGGGAGGAUCAAAAGAGGGCUGCUGUAGAAGAGAAGAGGAAGCAGAAGCUCCGAGAGGAGGAGGAGCGACUGGAGGCAAUGAUGCGCCGGUCCCUGGAGCGUACACAGCAGCUGGAGCUGAAGAAGAAGUGUUCGUGGGGAACAUCAGUGGCCACAGGACCUGGAGGACGUGAUGCAUGUGACAAACUUUCUACAUCAACCAUGAAUUUGCCAAAGCAGAUGGAGCCUCCCAUGAGUAAACGCCUGUCUUCAUCCACCGUGGCAAUAUCCUAUUCCCCAGACCGAGCUCAUCAUCGCAUGCACCUUAGUCCCAUGGAAAACUUUCUUGUUAUGCGACUGUUGACACCCACACAGGCUUCUUUAGCCAGAAGCAGAAGUGCACUCAUGCUCUCUGAGCAGGCCAAUGACUCAGUAUUCCAUGCCUGUCCUCGUGUAGCUCCUGUUGGCCCUCUUAAAUCUUCGUACAAGUCUUCUCCUACCCGAACCACUGAGAGGAAGAAGGCUACAGCUACAUCUGGUGCAGGAGAUGCUGGGAAAGGAGCCCCGGCAGGAGCAGAGGCCUCUCCGGUGGAGAAGGUGAAGAGGGGACAGCGAGCGACAACUUCCAUCCCUGCCGGGGGCCUCGGGUCCCCACUGAGAAGAUGCGAGCUUCCCGCAGGCCUUCCUAAGAGAUCAUCUUCUCCUGUGUUAUCCAAGACAACUUCAAAAGUGUAUCCACAGUCUCCAAAGACAGUGAAGCCAUCAUACCCAGGGUCUCCUGUGAAAUACCGCUUUCCCCCCAUUCCCAACCAAGAAACACCCAAGAAGAAAGCAGAGAAAGAGAAGAGCAACAAGGAAAAGGAAGGUGCCUCAAGUCAGCAGGCUGCUGGCCAUCUUGGAGAGGAAACUCCAGAGAAGUAUGUGACAGACAAACAUGCCACCGAGAAGCAUAAAUAUGCUGCCACAGGAGGGAAGGUUGAGAGCAGUACAGCCUUGGGGAAGCCUACAGCAGGCACCACUGAUGCAGGAGAGGCUGCAAAGAUCCUAGCUGAAAAGAGAAGACAGGCUCGGCUGCAGAAGGAACAGGAGGAGCAAGAACGAUUGGAGAAGGAAGAACAAGAAAGGCUAGAGAGAGAAGAACUGAAAAGAAAAGCAGAGGAGGAAAGGCUGUGCCUAGAAGAAGAAGCCCGUAAGCAAGAGGAGAAAAAGAAAUGGCAGAAAGAGGAAGAAAGAAGAAAGGCAGGAGAGGAGGCUAAGCAGAAGGCAGAGGAGGAGCUGUUGCUGAAAGAAAAGCAAGAAAAAGAAAAACAAGAAAAAGCCAUGAUUGAAAAGCAGAAAGAAGCAGCAGAAGCAAAGGCCCAGGAGGCAGCUAAACAGAUGCGUCUAGAAAGAGAACAAAUCAUGCUGCAGAUUGAGCAGGAGAGACUGGAGAGGAAGAAGAGAAUAGAUGAAAUCAUGAAGAGAACAAGGAAGAGUGAUGUGUCUCCAGAAGUGAAGAAAGAAGACUCAAAAGCAGAGAUUCAGCCUGUUCUAUGUGUGGAAAAUAAGACAAAACCAGUUGUCCCCAACAAAAUAGAAAUCAAUGGAUUGAACACCUGCCAGGAGGUUAAUGCUGUGGGGCGUGCUGCCCCAGAAACUUUUCCACGAGAUGUUUUUUCUAAUGGGCUUAAACCAGUUGGGGCAUUUGUUCAUCUGGAUGCCCUUGAUGGGAAAUCAAACAGUCUGGAUGAUUCAACUGAAGAAGUUCAGUCUAUGGAUGUUAGUCCUGUUUCCAAAGAAGAACUUAUCUCCAUCCCAGAAUUUUCACCAGUGAGUGAAAUGAUUCCUGGGAUGUCUCUGGACCAAAAUGGAACUGGUAAUGCCCGAGCACUUCAAGAUCUCUUAGAUUUCACUGGUCCCCCGUUCCCCAAGAGAUCCAGUGAAAAUCUCAGCCUGGAUGACUGUAACAAAAACCUUAUUGAAGGAUUUAACAGUCCUGGCCAAGAAACUACUCUGAACUCCUUCUGUUGA